GCGUGUCUGCUUCUCAUGCAUUACGUCAGGGCCAUAAAAGAGUGGACACGAAGCAGAGACUUUCCAGAUUUCAAGACUGCAAGGAUGGAAGAAACAUCUUUCAAUGACCUGCGGAUGAAAGUCGGGUUUCCAUACUUAUACACUCACCAGGGUGAUUGUGAGCAUGUUGUUGUCCUUACUGAUGUCAGAUUGGUCCAUCAGGAUGACUGUUUGGACAUAAAGCUCUACCCACUUAUCACUCACAAGCAUAGAGUCAUGACUCGGAAGUGUUCUGUGUGUCAUCUCUAUAUCAGCAGAUGGAUAACAACCAGUGAUGCUCUUGCCCCAAUGGACCCCUGCCUGUUUUGUGACCAGUGCUUUCGGAUGUUUCACUAUGAUGAUAAAGGCAACAAAGUAGGAGAUUUCCUGGCCUAUGCCUAUGUCGAUCCAGGAACAUUUAAUUGAUCCUAAACCUAAAAUACUGUUGCAAUACACUAUGCAAUAUUUAAACCAGAGAUGCUUUUCUUUAAGUGAUAUUUUUGCACAUAAUAUUGCUUAAAAAUACAAUGUUACAUCUACAUAUAUUCAUUGCUGUUUUCUAAAUAAAAACUACAUCUGAUUUAAAAA